AUGCGUCGCUGUGGACGUGUGAAAACUUGGCUUCUCGGGACGUUCUUCUGCUCGUUGUUGGUGUUUGGAGCUGAACCGGGUCAGACCCACAGCGGAGAGCAGAGAAAUGCCUCCGACCUCUCGGGGAUCCCCAUCGUCACCUUCAAGUGGCACCAUGUGGAGGGGCCCUACACUGUGGCAUUGUGGGUACUGGUGGCGGGCGUCGGCAAACUGGUGAUUGAGGCGAACCACCACGUGACCGCGGUGAUCCCAGAGAGUGCGUUGCUCAUCUGCUUCGGCUUCGUUCUGGGCGGCAUCAUUUGGGGCGCAGACCGAGUCCAGACCUUCAGCCUGACGCCCACGGUCUUCUUCUUCUACCUCCUGCCCCAAAUCAUCCUGGAGGCGGGGUACUUCAUGCCCAACAAGCUGUUCUUCAGUAACCUGGGCGGGAUCCUGAUCCACGCCGUCAUCGGGACGUGCUGGAACGCCGCCACCGUGGGGCUGUCGCUGUGGGGCUGCCACAUGGGAGGGGCCAUGGGGGACCUGGACAUCGGGCUGCUGCAGUACCUUCUGUUCGGGAGCCUGAUGUCGGCCGUGGACCCUGUGGCUGUGAUCGCGGUGUUUGAACAAGUCCAUGUGAAUGAAGUUCUGUUCAUUAUGGUGUUCGGAGAAUCUCUGCUCAACGACGGAGUCACUGUGGUUCUGUUCAACGUGUUCGAUGCGUUCGUGUCUCUGGGAGGGCCUGCGAUUGACGCUGCGGAGAUCAUCAAAGGAAUCAUCUCCUUCUUCGUGGUGGCGUUCGGGGGCUCUCUGGUCGGGGUGCUUUUCGGGAUCCUGUUGUCUCUUCUGACUCGCUGCACUAAAAACAUCCAGAUCAUUGAACCCGGGUUCGUGUUCGUUUUGGGUUAUCUUUCCUACGUCACGGCGGAGAUGCUGUCGCUGUCCGCCAUCCUCUCGAUCACGUUCUGCGGCGUGUGCUGUCAGAAGUACAUAAACGCCAACAUGGACGAGCGGUCGGUGACCACGGUGCGGUACGUUAUGAAGGUUUUUGCCAACGGCUCCGAGACCAUGAUCUUCGUCUUCCUCGGGAUCUCGGCCAUCGACAAAACCAUCUGGGUCUGGAACACCGGCUUCAUCCUCCUCACUGUGCUCUUCGUGCUCGUCUACAGAAUCAUCGGUGUGUUCUUCCUGACCUGGAUCCAGAACAAGUUCAGACUGGUCCCGCUGGAUUUCUCCGACCGCGUCAUCAUGAGCUACGGUGGCCUGCGGGGGGCGGUAGCGUACGGACUUGCUGUGAUACUGGACGAGCACAAGAUCAAAGAGAGACCCCUGAUGAUCGGCACCACUCUGAUCGUGGUCUACUUCACCGUCAUCUUACAGGGAAUAACCAUGAAACCUUUGGUCACGUGGCUAAAAGUAAAACGAGCUUCUUCUGAUUCUGAAGUCACCGUCAUAGAAAAAGUGCAGAAUAAAGUGUUCGAGCACAUGCUCGUGGCCAUAGAAGACAUCUCUGGACAAAUUGGACAUAACUACAUGAGGGACAAGUGGAAUAAUUUUGAGAGCAAAUGGCUGUCGUGGAUCCUGAUGAAACCUUCAGCCAGAAAGAAACACGAUCAUCUCUUCAGCGUCUUCCACAAACUCAACCUCAAAGACGCCCUGGAUUAUGUGGCAGAGGGUGAGUGUAAGGGCACUCUGGAGUUCGUCCGAAAUGAAAACGCUUACAUCGACUUCAAGAAGAAAUGUGGAGACGACUUUUCAGACACGUCGAUGCCGGACCUCACCAUCGACAUGGAAGACACGACCAUCGCCAACCCAUACACACGGAGGGAGACCGUGCCGUCCAUAAGUUUGGAGAUGCACGAACAGACCAUGAACGGGGUCCGAGAGUCCGAGGACAUCAACACUCACCACUUACUGCAGCAGCAUCUGUACAAGGGCCGCAAACAGCACCGUCACAGAUACAGCCGCAGUCACUUUGACGUGAACCAGGACGAGAACGAGGUGCAGGAGAUUUUCCAGAGAACGAUGAGAAACCGUUUGGAGUCGUUCAAAUCGGCCAAAAUGGGCGUGGCGCCUCCAAAGGCCAUCUCCAAACACCAGAAGAAGGACGCGCUGAAACAGUUCCACAAAGAUCACGUUUAG